AUGGCCGUCGCGAGCACCACCACACCCGCCUUCCGCACCGUCUCGUCCGGCUUCCGCUUCAGCAACCUCGCGGGCACCGUCUACAAGCAGGGCAAUGUCCUCUUCACCCCAGACGGCAACUCGGUCAUCUCGCCCGUCGGCAACCGCGUCUCUGUCUUUGACCUCGUCAACAACAAGUCGCGCACCUUGUCGUUCGAGAACCGCAAGAACAUCGCCCGCAUCGCCCUCUCGCCCGAUGCCACCGUCCUCAUCAGUGUCGACGAAGACGGCCGAGCCGUGCUCGUCAACUUCAAGCGCUCGACCGUGCUCCACCACUUCAACUUCAAGAAGCCCGUGCGCGACAUCAAGUUCUCGCCCGACGGCAAGUUCAUCGCCGCGACGCACGGCUCGCAGAUCCAGGUGUGGCAGACGCCGUCGCACCUCGCGCGCGAGUUUGCCCCGUUCGUCCUGCACCGCACCUAUACCGGUCACUACGACGACGUGCUCUCGAUCACGUGGAGCAGCGACUCGAGGUUCUUCCUCACGACGUCCAAGGACAUGACGGCCAAGCUGUACACGCUUUAUCCUGUCGAGGGCUACCGACCAAAGACGUUCUCGGGCCACCGUGACGCCGUCCUCGCCGCCUACUUCUCCCAGGACCACAAGACGAUCUACACCGUGUCUCGCGACGGCGCCAUCUUCACGUGGAGCAAGAAGCAGGACGACGAGCCGAGCGACGACGAGUCGGACGACGACGAGCGCAUGACGGCGGUCGCGCCCGAGGCGUCGACGUCGAACGGGCCCGACAACACGAUCGCGACGACUCGGUGGGGCGUCGAGGCGCGGCACUACUUCAUGCAGGCGGGCGCCAAGGUCGUCUCGACGACGUGGCACGCGCCGUCCAACCUCGUCAUCGUCGGCUUCUCGAGCGGCGUCUUUGGCCUUUGGGAGAUGCCGACGUUCAACAACGUGCACACGCUGUCGGUCUCGCAGGAGAAGAUCACGUCUGUCACGGUCAACCCGUCGGGCGAGUGGCUCGCGUUCGGCGCGAGCAAGCUCGGCCAGCUCCUCGUGUGGGAGUGGCAGUCCGAGUCGUACGUCCUCAAGCAGCAGGGUCACUACUUCGACAUGAACGCCCUGUCGUACUCGAGCGACGGCCAGCAGGUCGCGACCGGCGGCGACGACGGCAAGGUCAAGCUGUGGAACGCUGCGAGCGGCUUCUGCUUCGUCACGUUCGACGACCACUCGAGCGCCAUCUCGGCCGUCGAGUUCGCCAAGCAGGGGCAGGUCGUUUUCUCGGCGUCGCUCGACGGCACCGUGCGCGCGUUCGACCUGAUCCGGUACCGCAACUUCCGCACCUUCACGACGCCGCAACCGGUCCAGUUCAACUCGCUCGCCGUCGACCCCUCGGGCGAGAUCGUGUGCGCCGGUGGCUCGGGCGACGGGUUCGAGAUCUACAUGUGGUCGACGCAGACGGGCAAGCUCAUCGACGUCCUCGCCGGCCACGAGGCGCCCGUGUCGGCGCUCGCCUUCUCGCCGCUCGGCGACCGCCUCGUGUCGGCGUCGUGGGACAAGACGAUCCGCGUGUGGGACACGUUCGGGCGCAGCUCGGCUGUCGAGCCGUUCCAGCUCAAGGCCGACGCGCUCGCGCUCGCGUUCCGGCCCGACGGCAAGGAGGUCGCCGUCGCGACGCUCGACGGCCAGAUCUCGUUCUGGAACGUCGUCGACGGCACGCAGCGCACGUUGCUCGAGGGUCGCAAGGACAUCUCGGGCGGGCGCAAGGCCGACGACCGCGUGACGGCCGCCAACAACUCGUCGACCAAGGCGUUCACGUCCCUGUCGUACACGGCCGACGGCAGCUGCGUCCUCGCCGGCGGCAGCUCGAAGCACGUGUGCCUGUACGACGCACGCGACGGCGUCCUCCUGCGCCGGUUCACCAUCUCGCAGAACCUGUCGCUCGACGGCACCCAGGAGACGCUCGACUCGCGCAAGUUGACCGAGGCCGGCCCGCGCGAGUUGAUCGACGACCGCGGCGACGCGAGCGACCUCGACGAGCGCCUCGACCGCUCGCUGCCCGGUGCGCGAGGCGGCGACAUGAGCAAGCGGCGGUACCGCCCCGAGGCGCGCACCAAGUGCGUGCGCUUCAGCCCGACCGGCCGGUCGUGGGCCGCCGCGUCGACCGAGGGCCUCUUGAUCUACUCGCUCGACGACUCGCUCACGUUCGACCCGUUCGAGCUCGACGUCGACAUUACGCCCUCGUCGAUCCUCGACACGCUCCGCGACGAGCGCCACUACCUCAAGGCGUUCGUAAUGGCCCUCAAGCUCAACGAGCGGCCCCUCCUCCAGACCGUCUACGAGGCCGUCCCCCCUUCCGCCAUCGCCCUCCUCGCGCGCCAGCUCCCGGCCCCGUACCUCCCCGCCACCCUGCGCCUCCUCGCCGCUCAGCUCGCCAAGUCGCCGCACGUCGAGUUCCACCUCGUGUGGCUCUCGGCCCUCUUCGCCGCACACGGCAAGACGCUGCGGCAGAACCAGGGCGAGUUUGCCGCCGUCCUGCGAGGCGUCCAGCGCGGGCUCCAGGACGUCCAGGAGUCGGUCGUGCGCCUGAGCGAGGACAACUCGUUCGCGCUCGACUUCCUCAUCGACCAGCAGAAGCGCAAGGAGGCCGCCGAGCGUGACGAGGGGCGAGCGGCGAUGGCGCUCGGCGAGGAGCAGGCGGCGAGCGCGGCGCCGGCAGAGAUCCGGUUGUAG